AUGGAGAAACUUUGUAACUAUAUGCCUAGUUUUAGUAAUCUUCAUUAUCGCAGAAUGAUGGCUUUCCCCAUGUGUAGAAGGUGUCUAACAGGAGCUGAAACAAGGGAGCAUAUUUUCUGGGCAUGUCUUCCUGCAAAAGAUACAUGGGAACAUUUAUAUAUGGCAUGGGCUAGAUUGGAUGACAAUUCAGUAUUUACAGAUUGGUUGAAAAAUACCUUUGAGACUAGACCCAUGACUUUCUGUAGAACGAUUGUCUGCGCUUUAUGGGCGUUAUGGAUGGAUCGGAACAAAUUCAUUUAUGAGGGGGUAAACCAAAUUGGCAGUCAGAUUGCAAGUUUUGUGCAAGCAUAUUUAAAGGAACUUGAUGAUCUAAAAAGUGCUAUACCUGGAAGACGGAUCUGUGUUGACAGAUGGUCUGCGCCGAUAGGAUCCAGAUUGAAAAUGAACUUUGACGCAGCUUUCAACAACCACACCAAAGAGUCGUGCUCUGGGUUAGUGAUUCGUAACAGUAAAGCAGAGAUUAUCUGUUGUAAAACGGAGAUGAACUUGAACAUACCGUCUGUUUUUUCUGCAGAAGCAGUAGCGUGUCUUCAGGCAUUGAAGCUGGGGUUACAGCUUGGGUUGAGGGAGAUUGAGGUUGAAGGUGAUUCUCGAAGGAUCAUUAGGAAACUGCAAGAGAAAACAGAGGAUAGAUCGGAAAUUUUUGGGUAUUUCAAAGAUGCUCAGUAUCUCUGCUGUCAAUUUAAUCUUUGUGUUUUUCUUUUCACAAACAGGGAGGCUAACAGAGUUGCCCAUUGUUUAGCACAAAAAGGACUCAAGAAAAGAGAAUCUACUUACCUGACAAAUAUGGUACCUGCUGGUGCGGUGGAAGCGAUGGCUGAAGACAGGAGGAGGAUGGAGGUCGUGGGUGAGGUUUGGGGAAGAAGAGGUGAAGAAGUUGGAGAAAGUUUUCUGCAAUUUUGA